AUGACAGAUCCAAAUCCAGAUGAUGCUCUGGGCAUCCUCCCUGGUGAAGAUGAGGAGAACAGCACAGAAGACAUCAACCUGAUUCAACCCAGUCCAUUAGAUUUAGCAAACCCAACUGAAUUGAAACGAAACGGGUUUACACCGGGUCCAGUCCUUGAUAACAAAGAGACAUGUGAUCCAAUUAAAAAGGAAGUCAGUGAAGAAACAUUUGAUAUGCAGAAAACCUCAGUUCUGGUCACAUCACAAGAUCAAACCCCUAAAACCGAAGAAACCAAGGACCACAGUCCUAAAACAAAUACAUCAGGAAGAGAAAAUCAAGCAGAUGAUGAACACAAGGAUAAAGGAAAGCCGGUAGAUGAGAACAACUUCAAACCUGUUGUCAAUGCAGAAAUGAUCAAGGCAACUGUAUCAUCUGACUCAUCAUGCAGUGACAUGGGUGAACCUUCAUUCAAAAAAGAAAGAAGAAAGCACUCCAUGACAGAGAUGAAAGAAACACACAUGGGACCUGCAGAAGAGCUUAGAACAGAAACAAAGAAACCAGAUCAAACAGAAAAAGAAAUGAUUACAGGCUCAAAAAUACUCUUUGACAGACUUCAUCUUAAAGGCAGGAAUGAUCAUAAACUGAGAGCUGCAGAUGUUCUUCAGAUAAGUAAACAUUCAUUACAGUCCAAUGACUCUUGUGCUGAAGAGGAGCUGAUUCAAACUUUCAUACAAAAACUACUGAUGAUGGACUACAGAGCAAGAUACAUUACUGUUAGAGAUCCCAAUGAACAAGAUCAGAUACAAGAAAGACAUGAUGACUCAUCUAAAUGUGAGUGUGACAUUUUCGAAGAAAUGUUUUCGUCUAAUGAAGGAACAAGUCAAUCUGAGCAAAUUCACUCGAUGGAUGUUCAGAUGGCCGUGUUUCAUUGUGCCGAUGUUUUCCUGAAGCAGCUGAUGGUCACUAAACUGUCCCAGUGCCAGUACGCUCUGCCUCUGCUUGUUCCUGAUCCAUUCACGCAACAGAUUGAGUUUCCUCUCUGGACAUUCAGACAAAUCAACAAGAGCUGGAAGAUGAAAAACUCCAACAAUGAGAUCAUCAGUCAAACCCAGCCGGUCUACAGAGCACUCUAG